CUUCCCUAGGCUGAGUGUCCUCUUGCUUUCCCGCUUCGAUGUUUUGCCUAUCCUUUCCCCUUUUCAUCACCCCUUUUCAAAGUUUCUUCUGCCCUCAUCUCACGCCCUAGAUGAGAGCUCAAUUCCAUACCUUUGUAAGCACAUGACAGCCAGAAAAACAUGAGAUGGACGCUGUGUCUUCUCAUUCUCUCUUUCACAGCUCUGAAGGUGACUUAUGCAGACUUGCCAGCCUUCAGUCGGAGCAAGUCCUUCGACAAAGGAGAUUAUGGGAAUUUUGUGGCGCAACCAUACAGGUCGACAUCCUUUUCAGUGCCUCGCCUCAAUGUCUUCGAGAAGGGGAGAUCUUGUCGUGACGAUGGAUUAUUUGUCAUGCUCACCCUUCGAGGUUGGUCUGUUCCACAACCAGCUCCCAUCAUAUUCGAUGGACAUGGCGCCCUAGUGUGGACAGAUCCGACCUACGUGCAGCCGUACAAUCUUCAAGUCCAGACUUAUCGUGGAGAACAGUUCCUCACCUUUUGGGCGGGUGAUGACGGGGUCAAGGGACAUGGCUCCGGAUUCUAUUACAUGCUCGAUUCGCAUUAUAAUCUACGAUACAAGCUAUCUGGCGGCAAUGGCUUGGACGGCGAUCUCCAUGAAUUUUACCUCACCCGCAACGCGACUGCACUGAUCACAGUAUACCAGACCAUUCAGGCCAAUCUGACGUCUGUGGGCAAACCCGCCAACGGAUGGAUCUGGGACGGACUUUUCCAGGAAAUCGAUGUCGAAACGAAUGAAGUUCUUUUCCAGUGGAGAGCUUCAGACCACCUCCCUUUCACGGACUCACAGUGGGGUCCUGGAGACCUGGGUUCGUCACAGGAAGACGCUUGGGAUUGGUUUCACAUCAAUAGUGUUGAGAAAGACGAACGUGGGAACUAUUUGAUAUCAUCGCGAUGGAUGCGUGCAAUCUACUACAUCGAUGGGACUUCGGGAGACAUCCUCUGGACGCUGGGUGGCAGAAGGAACGACUUCAAGGAUCUGUCUUUUGGCCGCGCGACUGGCUUCGCUUCCCAACAUCACGCCCGUUGGCACGAUGGGUACACUUCCAUCACGCUGUUUGACAAUUCCAACCCGGGUCCUGGCCGACCAAGCUCCGGACUGUGGUUGGACUUGGACUUCGAGAAAUGGACAGUCAAGCUUCGGAAGCAGUACCUCAGCACCAACAAACUUAGUUCUGACUCGCAAGGGUCGAUUCAGACACUUCCCAGCGGCAACGUUCUGGUCGGCUACGGUAUGGAAGCUCAGUAUGUCGAAUUCACUCGCGAUGGGGAUGUCCUUUGUGAAGUCCACCUAGCUCCGGCCUCGGGCUUUGGCUCUGCAUCCGUCCAGUCAUACCGGACGUCUAAGUACGACUGGGUGGGCUUGCCUCAGACCGAUCCCGACAUCAUCCAAAUCAACGGCACCAUCUACGUUAGUUGGAAUGGCGCUACCGAGGUUCGACACUGGUUGGUCGAAGACGCCCUCACCGCCAAUGCGACCAAUUACGAUUUCCACGAAGUAAAGCGCGUCGCCAAAGAUGGCUUCGAGACUAGCGUGUCUACCACAGGCGUUAAAAGACCUUAUGUUCGAGUUUCUGCUCUUGAUGGAUCCGGCAAUGUCCUAGGACGGGCGCCAAUCGUGGAACGUGGUGAGCCGCCACCAGGACAACCAGAGACGAUGGAAGAAGAAAGCGAAGAGGAAAUUAGCCUGAAAGGUGGAUGGGCAUCGAAUGGCAACAACGAGCAGGCUCUGGUCAUCGCCGUAGUGGUGCUUGUCAGUGCGCUGACUUUGGUGGGAUUGUCUUACUCUGGCUUUGUCGCUCUUCAGCACCUGACAAAGUACUACCACUACAAGCGGGCGAAUGGCGGGUCGGCCUUAUACGAGAAGAUAGAUGCUCUUGAGCUCCAGUAGCAAGCCAGGUGUG